AUGGGUAACAAAAGCUCAACAAUAACUACUGCUAAUCGUUCAUCCUCCUUAUCUAUUACAAAUAAACUGAAGAAAUCGUUAUCAUCACCGUUGCUUGCCACUAGUGGAUCAACAGCAGCCACCAGCAACAGCACUGCCGUACUGCCUCAUUCUGCCCAGCGUCUUCUACAAAAUUUCCUUCUCAUCUGGCUCGAUACUAAUAUUGAUGAGUCAAAGGAAGAUUUUAAAAACUCCUUAAAACAUCUACGGCAUGUUGUGGCAUUAACCACAAUAUUUACUAAUUCUCAAGAAUGUCUUAAUUUUCUUAGUGAAAUAAAAAAAGAAAAAGUAUUUAUGAUUGUUUCUGGCUCAAUUGGCCGACAUAUUGUACCAGAAAUUCAUUCAUGGCCACAAUUGGAUUCCAUUUAUGUGUUUUGUGGCAAUCAGUCUCCCCACGAAGAAUGGACCAAGAAACUGUUUAAGGUGAAAGGUGUUUACACUGAUAUCGAGCCGAUUUGUAAAGCCUUACAAACCGAUCGUGAACGAUGCGAUCAAGCUAUGAUCUCAAUCAGUUUUCGUGAUAUUGAUGCAUUGUUUAUGUAUACACAAUUAUUUAAAGAAGUUCUUUUAGAAAUCGAUGAUGACGACACUAAAUCCAUCAAAGAACUUGUUGAGUACUGUCGUCUUCAAAAUGAUAUUGCUGAAGAUGAAAUUAAAAAGAUUGAACAAGAAUAUCAUCGUUACACACCAAUUUGGUGGUACACCGCACCAUACUUUAUCUACUCGAUGCUCAAUCGAGGUUUGCGUGUACUUGAUGUCGAUAUUAUACUCAAAAUGGGUUUCUUCAUUCGACACCUACAUCGACAUAUUGAAAAAUUAUAUCACGAACAACAAUCUACGAAGACAGCAACGACAAGUCCAUUUCAAGUAUUUCGAGGACAAGGCUUAUCUAUCCAAGAUUUUGAGAAAAUGAAACGAACAGAAGGAGGACUUAUGUCGUUUAACAAUUUCCUCUCAACAAGCUGCGAUCGUAAUAUUUCCCUAAAAACUUUUGCACGUCCUGCAGCACUCAAUCCUAAUUUGGAACAUUGGUUUAGUGCAUUAUAA